GGCGUCUGCAAAGGGACGGGCUCCUGCGGCAGCGUCCGGACCCGGCAGCUCUCGUGGCGCUUCCCACGCUCGGUUGUGUAGAGCUCCACGAGGGGGCGACCUGAGCCCACGUGCCACCGAGUCCUUCUCUCCUGAAACUACAACUCCCAGGCGGCGCGGGGGUCCCGCCCGCCUCUCUAGGCCUCGGCUGGCUGCAAUUGGCCGCCGCGGGAGGGGCCCCGGCCAUCUCCAGGGCGACGGGAGGCGCUCGGGGCAUCCGCGGCUGGAGGCGGUUCCGCCCCCUAUUGUGUAGCUGAGAGCGCGGAGCGAGCGGUACGGAGCAGAUCUGGUGAUUCUCCACAGAACAGCUUCCUCGUGUGUUACAUGAGCUAAACCCUAACUGUGCAGAGGACUGACAGCUGAACCCUGUUGCCUGAGGCUGAUCAGAAGGAUUGACCCUGGGCUCGCUGGGCAGCGGACAUCCCUCGGCCCCUCCAUUUAGGCUCCUGUGGCUGGGAGGGGCCGGGUGAGCAGGCCAGCUGGGCUAUGGUUUGGUCCCUCAGCCUGGCCAUCCUCAGCCUGAUCAUCAGCCAGGGGGCUGACGGUCGAAGGAAGCCUGAGGUGGUCUCUGUGGUGGGCCGUGCUGGGGAGAGUGCAGUGCUGGGCUGUGACCUGCUACCCCCAGCUGGCCACCCCCCUCUGCAUGUCAUCGAGUGGCUGCGCUUUGGAUUCCUGCUUCCCAUCUUCAUCCAGUUUGGCCUGUACUCUCCCCGAAUUGACCCUGAUUAUGUGGGACGAGUCCAGCUGCAGACAGGAGCGUCUCUGCAGAUCGUCGGGCUCCGGGUGGAAGACCAGGGCUGGUACGAGUGCCGCGUGCUCUUCCUGGACCGGCACAGUCCGGAAGAGGACUUUGCCAACGGCUCCUGGGUGCAUCUGACAGUCAAUUCACCCCCUCAGUUCCAGGAGACACCUCCCCCGGUACUGGAAGUGAGGGAGCUGGAGCCAGUCACCCUGCGCUGUGUGGCCCGCGGCAACCCCCAGCCUCGCGUGACUUGGAAGCACUGGGGACAGGACCUUGGCCGGGGCCAGGGUCAGGUGCAAGUGCAGAACGGGACUCUGCGGAUCCGACGGGUGGAGCGAGGCAGCUCUGGAGUCUACACCUGCCAAGCCUCCAGCACUGAGGGCAGCGCCACCCACGCCACCCAGCUUCUGGUGCUAGGACCCCCCAUCAUCGUGGUUCCCCCCAAGAACAGCACAGUCAAUGCCUCCCAGGAUGUUUCCUUGGCCUGCAGGGCUGAGGCGUACCCCACUAACCUCACCUACAGCUGGUUCCGGGAUGGAAUCAACGUCUUCCACAUUAGCCAUCUGCAGUCCCGAGUGCGGAUCCUGGUGGACGGGAGCUUGCGACUGCAGGCUGCCCAGCCGGAUGAUGCUGGCCGCUACACCUGUGUGCCCAGCAAUGGCCUCCUGCACCCCCCCUCAGCCUCUGCCUACCUCACUGUGCUCUACCCAGCCCAGGUGACAGCAAUGCCUCCUGAGACACCCCUGCCCAUCGGCAUGCAGGGGGUGAUCCGGUGCCCUGUACGUGCCAACCCCCCACUCCUCUUUGUUACCUGGACCAAGGAUGGCCAGGCCCUGCAGCUGGACAAGUUCCCUGGCUGGUCACAGGGCACAGAGGGCUCACUGAUCAUCACCCUGGGGAAUGAGGAUGCCCUGGGAGAAUACUCCUGCACCCCCUACAACAGUCUCGGCACUGCUGGGCCCUCCCCGGUGACGAGAGUGCUGCUCAAGGUUCCCCCCGCCUUUGUAGAACGGCCCAAGGAAGAAUAUUUCCAGGAAGUAGGGCGGGAGCUACUCAUCCCCUGCUCCGCUCAAGGAGACCCUCCUCCUACUCUCUCUUGGGCCAAGGUGGGCCGAGGGCUGCAUGGCCGGGCCCAGGUGGACAGCAACAGCAGCCUCAUCCUGCGACCACUGACCAAGGAGGCCCAUGGGCGCUGGGAAUGCAGUGCCAGCAAUGCCGUAGCCCGAGUGGCCACUUCCACGAAUAUCUACGUGCUGGGCACCAGCCCCCAUGCUGUCACCAAUGUGUCCGUGGUGCCUUUGCCCAAGGGUGCCAAUGUCUCCUGGGAGCCUGGCUUUGAUGGUGGCUAUCUGCAGAGAUUCAGUGUCUGGUACAGCCCACUGGCCAAGCGUCCUGACCGAGCCCACCAUGACUGGGUAUCCCUGGCAGUGCCUGUGGGGGCUUCGUACCUCCUUGUGCCAGGGCUGCAGCCCCACACACAGUACCAGUUCAGCGUCCUGGCUCAGAACAAGCUGGGGAGUGGUCCCUUUAGCGAGAUCAUCUUGGCCGCCCCAGAAGCACUUGCUACCACACCAGCUGCACCCAGACUUCCACCGACAGAAGCACUACCUCACCUGUCCCCUCCUCGGGGUCUGGUGGCAGUGAGAACAUCCCGGGGGAUACUCUUGCACUGGGAUCCCCCAGAGCUGGUCCCUAAGAGACUGGAUGGCUACAUUCUGGAAGGACGGCAAGGCUCCCAGGGCUGGGAGGUGCUGGACCGAGCUGUGGCCGGCACAGAAAUGCAGCUGUUGGUGCCAGGCCUCAUUAAGGAUGUUCUCUACGAGUUCCGCCUGGUUGCUGUUGCUGGGAGCUAUGUCAGCCAUCCCAGCAACACGGCCAACAUCUCCACUUCAGGCCUGGAGGUCUACCCGUCUCGCACACAGCUGCCGGGCCUGCUGCCUCAGCCCGUGCUGGCUGGCGUGGUGGGCGGCGUCUGUUUCCUGGGUGUGGCCGUCCUCGUGAGCAUCCUGGCCGCCUGCCUCAUGAACAGGCGCAGGGCUGCCCGCCGCCGACGCAAGCGCCUCCGCCAGGAUCCACCUCUGAUCUUCUCCCCACCCAGGAAGCCUGCCCCACACUCUGCGCCGGGCUCCGGCAGCCCUGACAGCGUGGUCAAGCUGAAACUCCAGGGCUCCCCAGUCCCCAGCCUGCGCCAGAGUCUGCUAUGGGGGGAACCUGUUCGUCCCCCCAGCCCCCAUCCAGAUCCUCCAUCUAGCCGGGGACCCUUACCCCUGGAGCCUAUUUGCCGAGGCCCAGAUGGGCGCUUUGUGAUGGGGCCCACCGUGGGGUCCCCCCAAGAAAGGUCAAGCCUGGAGCAGAUGGAACUUUGGACCCCUUCCCAGCGUCUGGCCCAGUCCGUUGACUGUAGCAGCAGCAGCCCCAGUGGGGCACCCCAGCCCCUCUGCAUUUCGGACAUCAGCCCUGUGGGGCCCCCUCCAGCAGCGCCACCUAAUCUCCUACCAGGUCCUGGACCCCUGCUCCAGUAUCUGAGCCUACCCUUCUUCCGGGAGAUGAAUGUGGAUGGGGACUGGCCCCCUCUCGAGGAGCCCAGCUCUGCUCAACCCCCAGAUUACAUGGAUACCAGGCCCUGCCCCAAGUCAUCUUUCCUUGGCCCCCCGGACUCCCCACCUGUGUCCCCUAGGGCAGUACUUCCUAGGGCUGUGGCCACCCCAGAAUCACCUUACACAGUGCUGGCUGACUGGACACUGAGGGAGCGGCUGCUGCCAGGCCUCCUUCCCGGCGCCCCCCGGGGCAGCCUCACGAGCCAGAGCAGUGGGCGGGGCAGUGCUUCCUUCCUGCGGCCCCCCUCCACAGCCCCCUCUGCAGUGGGCAGCUACCUCAGCCCGGCACCAGCACCGGGAGACACCAGCAGUUGGGCCAGUGGCCCUGAGAGGUGGCCCCGGAGGGAGCAUGUGGUCACAGUCAGCAAGAGGAGGAACACAUCUGUGGAUGAGAACUAUGAAUGGGACUCAGAAUUCCCUGGGGACCUGGAAUUGCUGGAGAAUCUGCACCUGGGGUUGGUGAGCUCUCGGAUCCGAACUGAAGCUGAGCCAGAGUUAGGUGCGAAGACUCCAGAGGAGGGCUACCUCCUGAACACUGUCCAUCCUCCUGGCCCGGAGGCCCGCUGUGCUGCACUUCGGGAGGAAUUCUUGGCCUUCCGCCGCCGGCGCGAUGCUACCCGGGCCCGGCUACCAGCCUAUCGACAGCCAGUCCUCCAUCCUGAGCAGGCCACACUGCUGUGAAUGGCCCUAAUGUGAGGCUGGGUGGACCUGCACAAGGCCUAUGGACCUGUAAAGGAGCCUAGCUGCAACCUCAGGCACUGCCCCCGUCCCUUGGUGCUUGGGGACAGACCCUGAUGGUGGGCUUGGUAUUGGAUGAUGUAUGCAGGAGAGUCUGGAGUCUGAGAAUUGGAACAGGGAUCUUUGUCUGCCCCUGUGCGUGCGUGUGUGUGUGUGUGUGUGUGUGUGUGUGUGUGUGUGUGGUGUUUGUGGUGUGAAUGAAGUUUUUUACAGGUAAAUAAAGUCUGAAAAAUA